ACAAUAUGCAGGGGUCCUGGGGAAAACUCUCUCGCUUCGAACGGGGCACUGGGAAAGUUGAAGUAGAGGUUUUUGGCGUCUAGAACGCAUAGCGAACCGCCCGAAGAAGGAGAAGAAGAAAGAAGAAGAUGGUCAGACUAACAGCGGACUUGAUUUGGAAAAGCCCUCACUUCUUCAAUGCCAUUCGAGAGCGCGAAUUGGAUCUUCGAGGGAAUAAGAUUCCUGUAAUAGAAAACCUGGGUGCGACUGAGGAUCAAUUUGACACCAUUGAUCUUUCAGACAAUGAGAUAGUUAAGCUGGAAAAUUUUCCUUACCUAAAUCGACUUGGAACUUUGCUUGUUAACAAUAAUAGGAUUACCCGCAUCAAUCCAAACAUUGGAGAGUUCCUGCCGAAAUUGCACACUUUGGUCCUUACAAACAAUCGUCUAACCAACCUGGUGGAGAUUGAUCCCCUUGCAUCAUUCCCAAACCUGCAGUUUCUUAGUCUGCUUGACAAUAAUAUCACAAAGAAACCAAACUACCGUUUAUAUGUCAUCCACAAACUCAAGUCAUUGCGCUUGUUGGACUUCAAGAAAGUGAAACAAAAGGAGCGACUUGAGGCACAAAACCUCUUUUCAUCACAAGAGGCUGAAGAAAAAGCCAAAAAGGAAUCUGCCAAGACAUUUGUUCCUGUUGACGUUCCAGCUACCCCGGAGGUUCCAAAGGAAGAGCAGGCACCUAAAAUGGUGGUCCCUACACCAGAGCAAAUUAUAGCCAUCAAGGCUGCCAUCAUCAAUUCUCAAACUCUUGAAGAGGUAGCAAGGCUUGAAAAGGCACUGAAGACAGGCCAGCUUCCUGCAGAUCUGAUUGGUGAUAGUGACGCUAUGCCUGACAAUGAGGCAGGCAAAAAGGACCAAAAUGAAGGGCAAAUAGAGGACAAAAUGGCUACAGAUGAGCAAAAUGAAUCUAAUGAUGGAUCAAGAGAUGCUGAACCUAAAAAGAAUAAUGAAUCUUCAGAAAUGGAACAGGAUUAGACAGAUGCCCUGCACUGCCAAGCGAGUUACAUUAAUUUAGCGGAUGGAAAGACUAAACUUUUGCUGUUCCUUUUGUACUGUUACUGUAUGCUUAGAGCUUUUCCUUUAAUCUAAAAUAGCCUAGGAUUGAGUAGUUUUUAUUGGCCAAGUAUUGAUAGAAUCAAUUGGUGUUCUCAAUAUUUUCAGCAAAGGGAUGACAAUUUGUAAUUUUUACAGACUAAGUUCUCAUUAUGUUCAAAUGACUUGAUGGUGAAAAUGGCAUUGAGAGAGGAAAAUAUAUUUCCUCCAGUUUGACUA